AUGGAUGACCCUGUGGCCGAGAUUCCUCACAUCAUUGAGACACUCUGCACAGCUCCGCCAGAGGUGCAGAGAGCAGCAAUCGUAACAUAUUUCACACCCACUGCAUCUUUCACCCACCCCUUCUGCCGCACCGGAAGCUUUGCUGGUUCAGUGUGGCUCGUUAUAAUGAUCUACCGCUGGUACAAGAUUCUCAGUCCUCAUAUUGAUGUGGCAGUUGACAGCAUUGCAUUUGACAGGGGUAAUUUACUCCUCUAUGUCUCUAUUCACCAAAACUUCAAGCUCCGGAUGGUUCCUCUCUACAGCGCUCCGGUCAAGCUCGUCACCGUGCUCCAGCUCACGACGGAUCCAAUAUCUCAUGCUCAAGAGAUAACGGAAGUUCCAACAACGCCAUCCGUGUCUGGACAAGAGAAUGGAAAGGCAGAAGAGAAGGUUGGAAGAAAGAAGGUCAACUUCUCUUCUGAAGACAGUGAGAGCAAUAAAAGCGGACCCAGUGAGAACUCUUCAGGUCCAGUGUCGAAAGAUACCGGAGACGAAGAAAAAUACUACAUCCAAUCCCAAAAUGACUUGUAUCAGACAAGCGAAUUCAUCAAGUUCGUCGUACCCUGGGGGAUUGGCGUCCUUUUCGUAGUUCUAUGGCAAUUUUUCGUUACCAUCCUUUGUGUCCUUGGAACGAAGUCGUAUGAUAUCUUGAUGUGGCUUCCUCACAAGCUCUCCGGUUCUCAUUUUGAGGUACUUGACAAUCACAACAAGGAUGAGCUUGGAGCUGAUUGA